AUGUUUAGUAAAUCCCAGAAAACACCAAAAAUUCGAUCUAAUGCGUUUUCUAGGCGAUUUUCCAAAGACUUGAAUUGUUUUCCUUUUUGGAGAAAAUAUAGCGAUGACUGUCGCUCUCCAGCCACACUAGCUGCUGUGCCAGAAGAAGAAGUUAUUGGAGAAGAGAGGGGGAGUGCAGCACCCCCACCAUCACCAAAAGCCCCAACUUCUUUAAGUCUUUUCUUGUUUGCAUCCUCUACACUUUCCGGAAGUUCUCCAAAUUUACGCUAUCAAACAAAAAGGAAUUCGAGUAUUUUAUCAAGAUUGAGUAGGGCAGCAUCUGAAAGGAAUUCGAGGAGAAGAAAUGCUGAAAAUCAUACUGCUAGCAACAACGGUCUACAACGCAAAGCCAAAAGGUGUUCGUUAAACGUCCCUCCAUCAACAGAAAAUUCUUUAAAUAAAAAGUCUUCACGUACGGGAGGGGGACGUCUUUCCCAGCCAAUUUAUAUCAACCACUUAUAUGACGAAAAACAACAAAAUAAUUCUCUUAGAAAACAAUCUUCAAUGUGUUCAACUUCUUUUUGUGCCCCUAGAGCGAAAACUCCCCUUUGGAGAAGACAAUUACGUUCAAAAGUUUUUUUGCGAUCUUUGCUUAUUGUGGCUGCCCAUUGUGCUUUUUGGCUUCCUUAUAAUUGUAAAGAAAUAAUUUUUGGAAUAAUUAACCUUUAUCAGGGGGCGAAAUACAGACUGACCCAAAUUACUGUCAAAAAAUUGAAUCAAAAACAACUAUCAAAUAGUGACUAAUAAAAUCUUGGACCUAAUUAACACCAGCCUAAAUAAAGGACAAAAAAGAAAUAAGAAGCAAUAACUUCUAAAAUUAUGAUAAUUAAAUUGAGGGCCUCCUUGUUCCCUGAAAUAUGUAUCGUUGAUAAAUUCCCUUUUCUCUUCCCGACUUUUGAA